UUUAAGGCCUGGGUCUCUUCUUGUCCGUGCUCCUGCCCGCUGUCCUAUGCGAUCAGCCUGUGAGAUGCUGCACCAAACAUCCACCAGCACGAUUUGCCCCCCAGUAUUUCUGUGUACGCUCCAAUGCCGCGUCCCCCCUCUUGGGAUGAAACCCCCUAUAAAAAAAUCCAGAAAGCCACUGCAGUGUCCUCCGAGGCCACAGCACACCUGACCGCUGCUAGCUACGGGACUGACGGCUACGCUCACCGCCAUCGACACUCACUCCCCACGGGUGACUGCAGGAAAGGGGGCUCUGGAGCCCGGCUGGCGCAGAGCAGGGCUAGGUCGCGGCAACGGCCCAGGACUGCCUCUGAAUCGCAGUCCAGAAAGAAGAAACAAUCGUGUUGAUUUAAGUUGAACAUUUGUCUCUAAGAUUAAGAACAAAGCCAUGCCAGUGCUUUCGGAAGACUCAGGAUUGCAUGAAACUUUGGCCCUUUUGACAUCUCAGCUAAGACCUGAUUCAAAUCAUAAAGAGGAAAUGGGAUUCCUUAGGGAUGUCUUCAGUGAAAAGAGUCUCAGCUAUCUGAUGAAGAUUCAUGAAAAACUCCGUCAUUAUGAAAGACAGAAUCCAACUCCUGUUUUACAUAGUGCAGCAGGAUUGGUUGAAGAUGUAAUAGAAGAAUUGCAGACUGCACCAGUGAAUAAUGAAGAAAAAGAACUACUUCAGCUGUUGUCAACACCACAUCUCAGGGCAAUGCUUGUAGUACAUGACACUGUUGCACAGAAGAACUUUGACCCAGUCCUUCCACCUCUACCUGAUAACUUUGAUGAUGAUUUUGAUGAGGAAUCAGUGAAAAUUGUUCGGCUAGUGAAAAAUAAAGAACCCUUGGGAGCUACCAUCAGAAGAGAUGAGCAUACAGGAGCUGUGAUUGUAGCAAGGAUCAUGAGAGGUGGUGCAGCUGAUCGCAGUGGUCUUGUCCAUGUUGGAGAUGAACUAAGAGAAGUCAAUGGUAUUACUGUGCUUCACAAACGACCGGAAGAAAUAAGUCAGAUUUUGGCUCAGUCUCAGGGAUCCAUAACAUUAAAAAUAAUUCCAGCCAUCAAAGAAGAAGAUCGUCUAAAAGACAGCAAGGUGUUUAUGAGGGCACUUUUCUGCUAUAAUCCCAAAGAAGACAGAGCCAUUCCUUGCCAGGAGGCUGGACUGCCAUUUAAGAGACGGCACAUCCUAGAAGUUGUAAGCCAAGAUGAUCCCACAUGGUGGCAAGCAAAGCGUGUUGGCGAUACCAACCUCAGGGCAGGCUUGAUCCCCUCAAAACAGUUCCAAGAAAGACGGUUGACUUACAGAAGAACAAUAGGCACUCUUCAGAAUCCCAGAACUGUGAAGAAACCAUUAUAUGAUCAGUCUUCUGAUAAAGAAGACUGUGACUGCGAAGGAUACUUCAAUGGACACUACAUAGCUGGCUUACGCAGGAGCUUUAGAUUAAGUCGUAAAGAGAAGGAAAAUAAUCUGAAUGAAGGAAAGCAAGCUGAGCAGGCAGAUGCAGCAGAGUUCCUAACGUAUGAAGAAGUCACGAAGUAUCAGCAGCAGCCUGGUGAACAGCAGAGGCUGGUGGUUUUAAUUGGUUGUUUGGGGGCCAAGUUAAGUGAGCUCAAGCAGAAAGUUGUGUCAGAGAACCCACAGGAAUAUGGUGUUGCAGUUCCACAUACCACCAGGUCAAAGAAAAGUCAUGAGAAGGAGGGAGUAGAAUACAAUUUUGUCUCUAAGCAAUCAUUUGAGACAGACGUGCAGCAAAACAAAUUUGUGGAACAUGGAGAAUACAAAGAAAAUCUGUAUGGUACAAGUCUUGAGGCAAUCCGGUCCGUGAUGGCCAAAAAGAAGGUUUGUUUGGUGGAUGUGGUACCUGAAGCAGUAAAGCACUUGAGGACUCCUGAGUUUAAGCCUUAUGUUAUCUUUGUGAAGCCUCUAAUUCCUGAAAAGAAAAAAUAUGUCCUAAAAUCUCCCAUGUCAGAAGAAAUCUCAGCCCCCCUUCAGGAUGAAGAACAGGAAAUUAUUAAUUCAGCAGCAUUCAUUGAAGAGCAGUAUGGCCAUUUAAUUGACACUGUACUGGUGAAAGAAGAUCUCCAGAGUGCAUGUAAUCAGCUGAAAACUGUGUUAGAGAAACUAAACAAGGAUUCAUUUUGGGUGCCAGUCAACUGGGUUAGGCCAUAGCUUGUUAUCUGUUUAAGGGAAAGAUUGUGUAAAAGUAUCUUGUAAAUACAUGGAUUAGAAAAGGGAAAUACAUCAAAUUCACUUAAAAACUGCUGGUCUAUUUAGGAGACUGUAUGAGGAAAAACUAAACAAAGUCAGAAGCUGACACUGCCUUCCAGAAUCAAAAUCUUGACUAGCGGCUGUCAUUUAAAAGUGAAUACUCAGAUUAAAGCGAUCAGUAAAAGGUUGGAGUGACUUUUAAACUGUAAAUAGUGCACUUUGUACAGUAGAGUUUCACAGAGGAGUCCCAUAGUAGAGUUUCAGUAGUGCUAGGACACUAACCAGCUGGAAUUUUCAUCCUUUGGCCACAGAUUUUGUGGCUAAAGGAGUAUGAACAAAGUACUUUUCAGGAACCAGUAUGCCUACAGCACAAGCUACUUCAGUAGGUGAGAGGGAUGUCCUUUGGAGAGUGCUUAAUACCAUAACAGUUACUCAGAAGUUCAACUGGCUCUCAGGCCAGCAAAACAUAGUUUCCCUGCACUCAUGAUCAUUUGUUGCAAAUCCUUUCCAGUUAGGCACUAAAACUAGGCCAUUUACAUUAAGUUGUAGCUAUUUUAGUGGCUGAGAGAUGGGGAUUUUAUGUCCAUCCCACAUUUCCCAGUGUCUCCAAGUUGUCUUCCCACAGGUAUUAGUCUGCUCAUCCAUAGCAUAUGCCCACUUUCCUGAUCUCUUCCUACUGACACAGGACAAAUGUUAAACCACAUCUGAA